CCAGUGGUGAUUUCUGGUCUAGUCUUAAACGAAUCAAAGAUAAAGAUGAUUUAUUUGAAUCAUUUGUACAAUGUUCAGUAUGUGAUAGACUCUUGGUAUACGAACCAAAGAAUGGCACAACAACGAUCGUUAUCUUUUCAUUUCUUAUAUCAGCAAUUGAGUCCAACGGAACGUAAACAAGUCCAUGUGAUGUUAAAAACCUAUUACAAGAAUUUGGAAGUUCAACAGAACAAGAAAUAUUGUCAACAACUACAAAAACUAAUACAUUCGCAAGUAAACAUAAACGAAGAAAGACAGAAAUAACACAAGAGGAUAUAAUGGCUGAAUUUGUCAAUGAAAAUCAAGAUGUCGAUGACAGUGACGACGAAAAAGACGAAAUUGAACAAUUUUUAAAAACUAAGAUGAAAUAUACAAAUGAAGACACAUUAUUAGGAUGGUGGAAAAAACAUUCACUAAUCUAUCCACAAUUAAGUAUUUUGGCACAAACAUUAUUCGGUGUCGCAUCAAGUUCAGCAACAGCUGAAAGAGUUUUUAGUUCAAGCGGAAGAAUAUUAGAAAAAGGCGCCAAUCAUUAA